ACUUCCCGGGCUUCUGCAAAGUGGGCACCGGCUACAACAAGCAGAUAGACCUUGAUGCCACGGGGUUCAUAGCCGUGACGGACUCUGUUUAUUUGCUGAAGAACCUCGAAUUUGAUGCGAUUCUCGUUGAUGAAGCCCAUCAUCCUUUGCCGACUGGCAUGCCCAAGUGCAAAGAGUUAUAUCAGCUCUCCGCAACUCACAAAGAUGAGCCGGACUUUCGCUACAGCAUGGGGCAGGCGAUCGAAGACGGAAUCCUUUCUCAUUACGACAUCACUGUGCCAGUGAUAAGCAAGCAUCAUGCGUAUGUGUGCCUUGCAGGCUUGCUUCUGAAGCAACCUGGACGGUUUCGCAGGGUGUUGGCCUAUUGCAACACGGUUGCCGAAGCAAAGCGCUUUCAAAUGGUUUUGGAAGAGCUGGGGUUGGCUGCUUGGCACAUCAAUGCAAGAACGAAGCCGACAAUACGGCAAGCCGUCAUGGCAGAAUUCGCUGGUGAGUUGCAGAAACCAGUGCAUGUGCUGGUGACGGUGGAGGCCAUCGGGCGAGUUUUACGCUGGAAUCCAGCCAAAACCAUUGCGCACAUCGUUCUACCUGCCGUGGUGCUACCAAAUGUGAAAUCAGCUGAAGGCUCAUCAGAGCAGGGGAGAGCUGGACAUGACGCUGCUAGUGAGCAGGCUCAUGUGUUUUUGUCAAGUGUGCCUGCACAUCGUUCCGGUAUGAAGAGCCUCGGCGGCUACGCAUCUUCAACUUCCUCUCCCCAUGAGAAUGGAGCGCAAACGACGAAUACGUUCAAGAGCACCGCUGAUUUUUUGGACAGCUUGAGUCGCCAAGUGGUGGAGCAAGAAGCAGCAUCUGGUCUUUCGCCAUCUCAAGCACGGCACGGCAACCGCAACGUGCCGGAAAAGUCUUUUUGGAGGAGCCCUGUUCAUAAUCCACAGCAAAGAGCAGUUCCCUCAAGGCGUGAGGAGAAGCAAGGAGAAUUGCCUGGAAAUUGGAACUCGGUCACUUCUGUGGACAGCCUGCAGCUGAAUAGCAGGGGCAAACCUGCUACAGUGAGGUGCGCUGCAAGUGGUCAAGCUCAGCUUCCAGAUAGUUUGUCACAAGCAGGCACAGGCAGCAGCAACAUAAUUAUAAGCCGAAGUGGUGCUUGCGCCAGCCAGAAUGCUGACACAGUGGGCCCUGAGACUGAGGCUGCGCGGCCAGGGGGCAGCCGCAGCCGAUACCGUGAAGCAGACCCUCUUGAUGGCAUCCGGCGCAACGGUCGUACCAAAACCACUAGGCCAGAGGUUAGUGAGCUGCCUACUUUAGCUAGCACAGAGAGGGGCAGUCCAGAUGAAGAAGCUCGUCACAGCGAUGCCUUUGCAAAUCGGUCCCCCUCACCCACAGGCAACACCAAACAGGAUACUCAGCAGACUCCUCCUAGCCUGGCAACUGAAGCACAGCCGCAUCGGAUGAUGCGAGUAGCAUUCAGAAGAGAGAAGCAAACACGGUUGCCGUUUGGGAGCAGUGAUGGGGUUGAAGCUUUUGACAAGAAGUACAAGAAUCAGCUGGAGCGCGUUUUGGGAGCCUUGGUGCAAGCAGAUCACAGGUGGAUUGGGGCUGAUGCCGCUGCCGGACAUAGAAUCCAAAUUGUCGAUUGGAGCUUGGGCCUGGAAGGAGAACUUGGGGUGGACGGAUUCAUGAAAGAGGUGUAUGGCCGACUCGACGCUGUUUUGUCUGAAAGGGACGCAUGGGAGACUCGCUUCAGAGAAUUGGAAGCCUUUGCCGAGGAGAACGGGAGGCUUCCUCGACAGGGGACAGCUGAUUGCGAUCGUGCUGAGGCAGUGCUGCGCAACUGGUUGAUUACCCAAACCAGGCGCGUCAGGUUGCAGCAAAUGCCAGCCCACCAACUUCAAAGACUGCUGAAUGCAAGAUCCGAUCAUAUCCGCAGGCGUGCUGAAGGCUGGAUGGCCGGUGGCCUUGUUGGCCGCUUCAAGCAGAACUGCCGGGAGCUGAAGGAGUACAUAGAGAUGAAUGGCAAACUUCCAACCGAAACGCGAACCAAGCGCAAGUCUUCCAGCCACCGGCUGGCGAGGUGGCUCGCGGGACUUCGAGACGAGGGAUUGUAUGACAAGCCUGAGAGGAGGAAGAUGCUGGAGGAAGUGGACCCUUUGGUGAAAGAGCGCCUCCAGAACUGGGACGACAGCCCGUUCGAAAUCAACAGGGUAAAGUGGGAAAAGCAGUUCGAGAAAGUCCUCCACAUCGUGGAGAAGCAUCGGCGGCUCCCGGAACGAACGUUGGAAAAAGCAGAGUACGAGUGGCUCUCGAGGCAACUCCGACGGCUCGACAGCAGUCUGCCGCCUGAGCUGGCAAAGCGGCUUCGUGGCUCCCAUCCACUCAUCGCAGCAGAAGCUGCCAGGACCUCAGGAG